CUCCUCCUCCUCCUCGCCGCCGUCGCGCUGCUCGCGGCGGUGGCCACGGCGGACGACGCCAAGCCGACGAUCCUGACCCCGGUGGCCAAGACCCCCGUGGGGUCCUUCGAGGGCGACAAGCCGGGGGACGACGCCAUGGACGACGAGGACGCCGCGCCCGUCGGCUCCCCCAUCGGCACCACCAUGACCGAGCCCAAGCCAGAGGGCUCCACGCCCGGCGCCGCCGGGGGCGACGCGCCGGCGCCCAGCGCCGCCUCCUCCUUCGCGGCCCGCUUCGGCGGCGCCGUGGCCGUGGCCGCAGCAGCCGCCGGCGUCCUGGCCUUCUAAUUAAGCUCCAUCCAGGGAGAUCAACUACUCCGGCGUGGCCAGCUCCAUGCACGUAGGGUCGCCGGCAAUGGCGGAUCCACGGCUCAUCGCUCGUCCAUCCUUUCUCUCUCUCCGUGUAUAUGUAUCUAACCACGUACGCUGGCAUGCACGACACUAUUAAACUGCGAUAGCAUACGAGUAAAUUAAUGACCGUGGUGCGUGCAAUAUAGUAUAGUUCUCCAAUGAAUUUUCCCAUGCUAAUCUCAUUGUAAGUUCAGUGCAACUUUGUUUUUGUUUGCCUUCUCCAGUGGAGCAAAUUAAUUAAGUUUUGAUUGUA